GAUUUGAAUGGUAAUUGCCUUGUGCUAUGAUCAUGGAUAAAAGCUGUCAUUGUCUUGUCGCUGUAUUGAAAGGCCUUGCUGACGCUAAAUUGAAUUUUUGUCAUUAUAUUUUAAGCUUAAUUAUUUUUGAACAAUUAUUCGUAAAAAGGACACAAUGAAGUCUUUGUUUCUCCUGUUUCAUAAAAUUGAUUUCAACUUUCAAUUUUUGAAGUCGACUGGUUUAAUAAUGAUAUCAGUAAUGUGUUGAUUUAUUAUUAUAAUUUCUGCAUGUAUUGUUUUCAUGGGAAUGGUAAUUAUAACUAUUCAUAUUACAUAGAAGAAAAGGGGUUAUCAUUUAAAUUAUGUUUAGUCAGUCGAUGAGGCUAUUUGGGGAUUAUAAUUGCUUAAAAAUAACUUUCACAUAUAAAUUAUGCUUAUUUGAAUGAAGAUUUUCCACAAAGGACAGUUGUUAACUCAUUUGUUUCAAGGAAAUAUGGAUUUGAUUUGGAGCAUUUAGUCGGAGCAAUUAAUAGUUUUGGAAGUAAGAUGGAUCGCAUUAAGCCGGAGAAGUUGCCACGGCAACGUGUUCAGAAAUUGUGGCGAAAUGUUCGAUGGGCUGAAACAUUUCCUGAUGACUCAUUGACAGUUGAUGAAAAAGACAUUACUCCAAAUUAUGCUCUCCGGAAAGUUGCGUUGCUAUUUGAAAAUAAAAAAUUUCGUGAGUGUGCAUCACUGAUACGGAGACUGAAUUGUGUGACUUUAAGUAGCAUUCUACAUGAAGUUCCGAUAGAAGUGCUACAUGAUUCCCUACCUCAGAGUCUCAAUGUACUAGAGGCUUUAUACGGGAAACUGUAUGAAACUUCCGACAGUCCAGAAGAGUUUCCAAAGGAUGAUCUACAAAUUGAACAUUUUCUGUUGAAACUUGUUGGUUUAUUCGCUCAGCAAUCCAGUUUGAAUAACAAACAUGAGAAAAAUUCCAACAGUGUCUACCCAUCUUGCAGGAGCAUUUUGCGUAUUAUUUCCUGGGUGGAUCCAAAUACAAGGCGCAAUAUUCGGAGUAAGAAGCGUGAAUUGGAUAAAUGCCUCAGACAUUUAGGUAGACAUGGGCUUGUAGAGAGUUCUGAAGGCUCUCUUAUGAAUCUACACGAUGCAUUUAAAAUAGAAUUCGAAAAAGUAGUGUACCAAUACCGCUGCGCAUUACACAAACUUGAGGAAUUAAAUCUCUCAUCAAAACAUCCGACAGGGAGUUCUGUUAUUUGGGGGCCAGCACCCUCAUCUUCCAGCCACCAUCGUCUCAUGCAAAUAACGCGUGAUGACGUACAAGAGCGCAUCAUCAAAAAUCGUACACUCUACAAUUUGUCUGAGCCAGCUAUCCUGAACCAGUAUUUGAAGAAGUUUAUUCACGCUCUGGAAAAGCGGAUUGAAUAUGACAAAGUCAUUCUCUUCCACGAUACGGAGCUGAAGAAAAUCAGCCGCUCGGACGACGAGGAGCAGAAGUUCUUGUCUGUUAGUCUCAAAGAAUUCUCCAUGGGCUACAGUGUGGUUCUGCAACUACUGAAAGAGGUGGCUGAAGAGGACGCCCAAACAGAUGAUGGUGAUGAUGUGUUUGCGUCUAGCGAUGAGGACACAAUCUCACCUCUGAUGCACAAGGACCGGGUCCGCAGUCUCUCUAGCACCAGUAGUCUCCUGUCAAAUAAAUCAUCCUCAGGUGGCAGCACUGGUCGACGACGACAGUUGAUGAAAGGACGGUCAUUUACUGCAGGUACUCGUCCAUCCAUUAUCCAUAUGGGCCAGACAUUUCGUCAGGGUGGGAAUGGCCUUCAAAAUGGCUUCCACUCAUUCAACCUUCAAAAUGGCACCCUCCCUGCGAGAAUUGGCAAAAUGAUAUCAGUCGGUGAAGAGAAAUCCCUGGAGCACCAAGUAGACGUGCUGCGUGCCCAGCUAGACCACUCCCUAGACACGAUACACCAUCUGCAGGAGAGGGAAAAACAAUGCCUUCAAACCAUGUCUGAGCUACAGCUCCAAAUCAACAACCAGAAUAGCAAACCUCAGGAUGUCGCAAAACUGCAAGAACUUGUACGCAGGUUUAAGUCCCUGUACGACACAGAUCGAAGAAUAGCUCUAGAAGCACUUGACUCACUUACUGAGCUGAAAGAAGUCCACUCGUUAAAGGGAAAAAUACUCUUCUCUGUUAUUGUUCUUUCCUUUCGCUCAGUCCAGCAAAUGUUACACGAGUUACGAGGGAAGGUUCGUCACCUACUAAAACUUCCUGUUCCAAACAUGCCCAUGUCCACCCCUGAUGAUCCUGUUGCUAUGGAGAUGGAGACCCACAUAGAGAACUACCUCUGUCGGGCUGAACAGAGGUUUGACAUCUCAACAUGUGUACAGGAGGUGAGCUCCCAAAUAUUCGCCACUCUGUAUGACUAUCCAUGUCUCAAGGAAUGCGAGGGGCUCGUAUCAUACAUCACAAAUUGUGUUCAUUCAGCAUGGACCUUGAGUGUACAGACACCACCGUUUCUGAUCGUGUAUGACUCGCGAGUGUUUAACAACGAGGUACAUGUGCGGACAGAGGAUUCCGAUAUUCAGUCUGUGAUGAUUCAAAACUUUUUAUGGCCUUCUUUACUGCAAGGAAGUAAUGGGCCGUGUGUACAGAGAGGAAUUGUUGAGACUUGACAUAACAUUAGUUUUAAUGUGUACGAUGGAGGAGACUUUCACAUAUUAUUUUUUCAGCUUUAAUUUAAACCUAUUUAAUGCCAGAGUUACAUUUUAUUUAAAAGAAUUGUUAAACAAACUUAUUUUUUAAGUUAGUUAUUAAAGAAGUGUUUAAUUAUUUAUUUGUUUUACAAUAUACAUUUAUUUUUUGAAGCCAAAGAAUUCUUUGUUAAAUGUAUUGUGGUUUUUAAAAGGUGUUACACACAGUAAUGGAGUUUACAGACAUGGGCAUUUAUAACAGUCUGCAUUUGCAUGUAUUUAGUCCCACCCUUGUUAUAUGGCUUAUGGCUUUUACAACUAAUGUUCAUACCCAUUAAAGUGUUUAAAAUAAAAUAGUGUACAUU